AUGAUCCUCAAUAUCCCGCAGCCAGUGUUCGAGGAAUUCGUCACGGAUGUACUCGUCAAGGAUCCUGGGGUGGAUCUCCGCAAGGGUGUCUCCUUCGUAUCAUUAGAACAGGACCCGGAAGGAGUGACAACAACGGUGGAGGAAGGAGCUACCGGACUCCGAUUCCAGAUAAGAUCGAGAUACCUUAUCGCUUGUGACGGUGCAAGAAGUAGGGUACGCACGAUCUUGGGGAUCGAGAGUGAUGGAGAAGAUUCGUAUGAGACUAUGAUGACCAUCCACUUCAAGGCCGAUCUUCGACCUAUCGUAGGAGAACGAGUUGGUAUGCUACAUUGGAUAAUGGAUCCCCUGGCCUCGGGAUUCAUCAUUGCAUAUGAGCUUUCUGGGAAUGCGGUCUUGAUCAGCAACUUCAAUCCUAACCUGCACCCGGUCGAGAGCUGGAAUCAAGAGCUGUGCCGCAAGGUCGUCGUUAGUGCGCUUGGGGUAGAUGUCCCCCUCGACAUUCUUUCGUACCGACCGUGGCUGCUCAGCCGAAAGGUGGCAAGGUCGUACAGAAAAGGAAACGUCUUCUUAGCUGGAGAUGCCGCUCAUUCAUUCCCGCCAACCGGUGGUCUUGGGCUCAACUCCGGUUUGGCUGAUGCCCACAAUCUAGCCUACAAGAUUGCAUUCGUCCUCAAAGGCCAGGCGGAAGACAGUCUCCUUGAUACUUACGAGACAGAAAGACGACCUGUCGCAAUCGUCAACUCAAUGCAAAGCGUGAAAAAUGGGAAGCAGAUCUUUGCCCUGCUCAAAACACUGGGAAUCGGUGAGGACGUGGUGACGGCUAGAAGAAACCUAUAUGCGAACAUCAAGGAUCCGGAGAAAUUGAAAGCCAUCGCGUUGGGCGUUGAGGGACAAAGAGAACACUUUGACAACCUUGAACUCCACAUAGGGUAUGUGUACGGCAGUAACACGGUCCCGCCACACGCCUCGAGGUAUACGCCGAAGUUCCAGGUUGGUGCAAGGCUGCCGCAUGCUUGGGUACGGCUGCCACGCAGCGCGCUGAAGCCGGUUGAUGUCUCGUAUGUGGAAGAGUUCUCGCCGAAAGACGUCGAAUUACGUCAAUACAGUACCCUGGACCUGUGCGCGUUCGACAGAUUCACGCUCAUUGGGCGAUUUGAGGUUCCGGGGGUCAAGACAUGCGUACCACGAAAGGAUUUCGACGUCGUGGGAGAGGCUGGGCAACAGUGGUCGAAAGGUGCUGGCUUGCUGGAUGGAGGAGGUCUGCUUGUCCGUCCUGAUCAGCACAUUCUGAUGCUGUUGGACGCCAAUACCAAAGUGGAAGACGUGGAGUUGUGUCUGAAACAACAUCUGCAUGGUUAG